GUUCCACCAGAUGCAGGAGCCUGAACAACUCUCAUUGCUCGAAGUAGUUGGAGUUAAUAGUGGAAGAGUCGGAGCGCCGCUGUGAAGCUCAUGCUGAAAAGUGAUCGUAUCUUAUUGAAAGAUUUGUAUACAUCAAUGGCAGAAUCAUCCAGCGAUUCAGACCACCUCCGCUAUCAUGAUCGAUUGAGUCGAUGGGCAGCCAGGACAGUUCACAGGAAAGCUGGAAGUCAUCCUACAAUAGAUGUCACUGCAAAGGUCAACACCAUAACCAGUACUUUACAGGACACCAGUCGGAACCUGCGACAAGUGGAUCAUAUGCUUGGGCGAUAUCGAGACUACAGCGUCGGACAGGCGGGUGCCAUAGAGCAGUUAAAGGAAGAUUUGGAGCAGUCAAUAAGCCAACUGCGGAGUCAGCGCUUACGGAGAAGCUCAGGAGGGAGAAGCUUUUCUGUCACCAGCCUAAGUGCAAGUGACCUUGAUGGUGGCACCGUGGCAGAGAGUCUCCACUUUACACCUACCUCACCUCUGAAGGACUACGAGCCACAGGGUAUGAAACGGAACAGAUCCAGAACUGGUGUUCGCUUUGUUCGGGAAACAGACGACAUGGUCCAGCUUCAUGCUUUUCAUCAGUCCCUCCGAGACCUCAGCAGUGAACAAGUUCGGCUUGGAGAUGAUUUCAACAGGGAACUUUCCAGAAGAAGCCGGUCUGAUGCUGAAACAAAGAGGGUUCUGGAAGAAUUGACUGAAAAGCUUAACGAAGCCCAGAAACAAGAUGUGGUUUCAGAUCGAGUGGAGCGGCGGCUUCAGGAAAUAGAGAGAGAGAUGCGCAUAGAGAGAGAGCUGGUGGAAAGGCGCCAGGACCAGUUGGGACUUGUGUCCUUGAAGCUUCAGGAGGCACUGAAGAAACAAGAAACUAAAGCAGAUGAAAAUGAGGACAUGAUGAAAAACAAGCUGCGACAAACUGAAACUGAGAAGAGCCAACUGGAACAGGAAUUGGAGCUCUCACGCAGGCUGCUGAAUCAGUCUGAAGGCAGCAGGGAGACACUUUUGCAUCAGGUGGAAGAACUACGUACACAACUUACCAAAGCAGAAGGUGACCGGAAGGGCUUGCAGCACCAGGUGUCUUACAUGUCCAGGCAGCAGUCAAGCCACCAGGAUGAUCAGGUUGAUGACUGGAGGUUUAGAAGAGGAGUAGAGCGGGAGAAACAGAGUCUGGAGAAGCAGAUGGCGGAUCUGCGAGUACAGCUCAACUACAACACCAUGGCUUCUGAGUUAGAGGAAGUGAAGCGGUGCAUGGAACGGAGAGACCAGGAGAAUGCACGUUUGACCCUGCAAGUAGAGAAUCUAACACGUGACUUGGAGAACAGGGAGAAACAACAGCUGCAGAUGCUGGACCAACUUAAAGAGAUCCAGAAUCACUUUGAGACCUGUGAGGCCAAUCGUAAGCACGCUGACCUGCAGAUCUCAGAGCUGAGCCAGCAGGCAGAGGAUGCCACCAAGCAGGCAGAGCACUACCUCAGUGAGUUCCAGAGGUCAGAAGCCCUGCGACAGGAGGCAGAGAAGAGGAGAGAGGAGCUGAAGACCAAGGCGCAGGACUCCAUCCGCCAGUGGAAGCUGAAGCAUAAGAAGUUGGAACGGGCAUUGGAGAAACAAGCUGAAUCCCUUGAGCAGCUGACAGAAAAGAACAGUCAGAUUCUGAAAGAGAAGGAUGAAUUGAAAAGCCAGCUGUAUGCAGCGUUACAGCAGAUCGAGAACCUCAGGAAGGAAGUGAACGACAUCUUAAGCAAGCGUGCCUUGCAGGAGGAGGAGCUUGACUGCAAGGAGAAGAAACUCAGUGACCUUCUGUCUCACCAAGCUGAACUCGAACUGGACGUCAAGAAUUCCCUUGACACCAUCCAAAGACUGGAAAGUGAGUUGAAAAGACAGAAUAAGAUUCAAAGCCAGUUAAAAGCUGAGAAAGUUCACCUGGAGGAAGAAAUCACGAAGCUAAAGGAGAGCCAGUCCCAGGACAAAGUCAAACUCCUUGAGAUGCAAGAGUCCGUCAAGGACUUGAGUGCCAUCCGAGCGGAGCUCGCUAAUAAGUUGGCUGAGGAAGAGAGAGCCAAGAAAGCUGUACUCAGGGACCUUUCUGAGCUGACAGCCCAGGCAAAAUCUAAAGAAGAGGAAACGGCCACCAUUGCCACACAGUUGAAGUUAGAACGAGACGUUCACCAGAGGGAGCUGGAAGAUCUCACCUCCUCGCUGCACAGCGUGAAGACGAAGCACGAGCAGAACAUCCAGGAGCUGAUGAAGCACUUUAAGAAAGAGAAGAGCGAAGCGGAGAACCACAUCAGGACGCUGAAGGCCGAAAGCUUGGAAGAUAAGAACAUGGCUAAAGCCCAUCGCUGUCAGCUAGAGAAGCUGAAAUCCCAGUGUGAGAAACUGACAGAGGAAUUAACCCAGAAUGAAAAUGAAAACAAAAAACUGAAGCUAAAGUACCAGGGUCUGAAGGAGCAACUAGAAGAAAAGGAGAAACAUAUAAGUAAUGAAGAAGAGCACUUAAGGAGGAUGGAAGAGGCCAGGCUACAGCUCAAGGAUCAGCUUCUUUGUUUGGAGACAGAACAGGAAUCCAUUCUUGGUGUAAUAGGGAAGGAAAUUGACGCAGCUUGUAAAACUUUCUCCAGCGACUCAAUGGAGAAAUUGAAAGUGUUUACCUCUGGCCCUGAAGUACAUUAUGACCCACAUCGUUGGUUAGCUGAAAGCAAGACCAAAUUGCAGUGGCUGUGUGAGGAACUGAAAGAGAGAGAGAGCAGAGAGAGGACCAUGCGGCAGCAGCUGGCGCUCUGCAGACAGGAGCUCAGGGAGCUGACGGAGCACAAGGAAUCUGAGCUCCUGUGUCUCUUUCAGCACAUCGAGAGGCAGGAGCAGCUUCUGGAAGAGUUCCACCAGGAGAAGAGAGGUCUGCUAGAAGAGACUCAAAGAAAAGAUGAAGAAAUGGAAACUCUCCAGGACCGUGUAAAUGCAUUAGAAACGAGUACCCGAGUGGCCUUAGACCAUCUGGAGUCUGUGCCUGAGAAACUGAGCCUGCUAGAGGAUUUCAAAGACUUCAGAGAUUCCUCCAGUUUAUCUGAGAAAACUGAUGGCAGAUACUCUAAAUACAGAAUUCACAGAGAAUCUAUUCAACAGCACCGAGAUGAUACCAAGUACAGAAUCAAGAGCUUUAAAGACGACAGGGCCUUUCCUGACAGUUCCCACGCUCAUGGCCUAGAUCACUCAUCCUCUUGGCAGGAUCGCAGUUGCUUCCUGUCUAGUCCACGGUUUUCACACUUUAACUCCUUGCCAGCAUUUACCAAAAGAACCAUUGCCCCAGAUCCAGCAUCAGUCAAGGAAGAUGCCACAAGCUUACCAGUGAAUGGAACAAAUCCACAGGCCAAGACGGAGGAAUAUGAGAGCAAAAAAUGCAAAAUGUAAUUUGCAACUUCACUUGAAUAUUUUACAAAUAAUAGCCUGUGGUCCUUGUUGCCGUCCAGCUCAGAUUAUCUAAAGACACCAUGUGGCUUUGGCUCCUUGGAGCUGCCAAGCAUUGACUAACAUGGCAUUACAGUUGGUCUUUGUGAGCGAAAGUAAAUUUAACCAGUGGAGGUAAUAUCAACUCAUGAACGAUACACAGCUCAUUUAGAGGCAACUCACACCAGCAGAGAAAGGGAUCAUUUUUGCUUUCCAUUUCUCAGUGUCACAAAUUUCCAACCCAACCUUGAAUUUAUAAUUGAUGCCUUUCAAAAAUGACUGGCUCAAAGGAGGAAAAGGUGUUCCCUGCAGGCAAAGCCCUUCCAGCAGUUUAGAAUCAGGAGCAUUUGUACACGAUCGACUCCUAAAUGCCUCCCCCCUAAUUGAUUCUCAUGUGUUAUAACAUGUUGUGGAGAUAUCUAUGUAAUAUUAGGUUGCCCUUUAAAUGCUUGUCAUCAUUUACCUGUCAUCUCAGCAGUCUAUUACUACAUGUACUAUCUUAAAACUAUUCCAAUCAGUUUUAAUUGCAAAAGAAUUUAUAAGCAAUAGCUGAAUUUUAGAGCACUGUGAAGAAUCCGUUGCAUCAUUUACUCAUUUGUCUUGUUGUAGUUAAACGUCCCACUGUGAUCACCCCAGUCAUACCCUGGAUGAUCUUUGGUUUGCUCUGACCCCAAUUCCAGCACUCCUCUCCUGGGUCAGCGGGAUUCACUCUGCAAGAAUCCUUAUAUAUUUCGGUGCUACCUGACUGCUUUUCACAUCUCAGCCUUUUCAACAUCAAAGUGUUUUAAAAACCUUACCACCUUUCUAUGUCCAUCUACCAGUGAAGAAACAUUUAUAUUAAAAUGCUAAAUAAUGGUCGUCGUCCAAGAACUGAGUCCUACUGGGCUAUAGUGGAAAGGCCCUGUACAGAGGCAGGAACAAUAAAGCGAUUCCUUUGUAAUGCACAUUGCAUGUUGUGUCUGUUAAAAUACACUUAUUUAU